AUGCGCUCUUCCUCCUCCUCGCUCUCACUCCCUCCCCCUGGUCCGUGCGCACGGCUGCAGCUCCAGGAGAAGCGCUCCUCUCGCUGCUCAGUGCGUGUGGAUAGACCCGUCACCGCGCCUCAACUACUUUCAAAUCAACAGCCAAUAUUCAGCGGCAAGUUUGUGAUCGCGUCCUCCUCGGCUCUUCCGGGUGGUGACAGACGCACAGACGCACAGGGCACAGCAGUCCAGUCCGGUCCAGACAGAAGUGUGGGCUUCGGCCUCAGGAGCAUCUCUGAGGCGGGGCGACACGGAGGUGCAGGUGGGUCCAAUGCAUGUCACGGAGAUUCUCAUGCAAACAUUCCAAAGUUAAGCUAA